CAGUUUGGCUACACCCCUAAAAGACGCGGAGGAAAUACAACAAAAUACCAAAAGGGAGGCCAGUUUACUUGGCUCGCUGACCUCUGAUGGCAGCCUCCAGGGACCAAGAGAUGAAGGGAGGAGGAUGGGGGUCUCGUCUCUUCCACCCUUCAUGGCGCCUCCUCUUCCAUUAGCAAGCGGAGCCACCCAAUUCGUCACCGUAUUGAAUAAGGUUGGCCAAAUUUUAUGUUGCAAUCAAACACAAAUAUUUCUAAUUUUGCUGUAGUGGGAGUGCUUUGGUAACUAUGGCACUAGAAUUUAUUGGCGGAACGCUGUUUACGCUGCUCUACGACGGCGUUAAGCAAGCGAUGAGCAAGAGCAGCACCUUUAAAUCCCUUCUGGAAGACCUCAAAUCUACACUGGACUCCCUAGUACCGAGAGACAUCCAACAAAUUGAAGAGCAUAAUGUGGAAUUGGGUCUCCCCAACGACGAAAUCGAAAGUCUUAAAAUGCAGAUGGAGGAAGGCGUAAAGCUGGUUGUAAAGUUAUCGAAUUUUCGAAUGUGGAACUAUUGCUGUUUGUAUGAUUAUACUGACCAAAUUGUUGAGUUGGAUAGGGCUCUCAAAGGAUUGCUGCAAAAAUUGAAGAUGCAGGAAGCAAGGGAUGUGAAAGAGGUUUUAUCGUUGUCGAGGCAAAACCGAAAUAAAUUGGAUGAAGUGAACAGAAGACUGUUAGAUAUACAGAAAUUACUGCAGCAGAGAGCUGGGGAAGGAGGGAAUGGCUUGGAGAAUUUGGUUUCCGGAAGUAGUACAGAAACCGCUCCACGGGAGCAAACUCAAUGGAAUAGUGGGGAACAAGUGACAUCAUUCGACGGAGGAGCUUCUCUUGAAGCAGUGUUUUUGGCUUUGUUUGACGCUGUUGUAGAAGCAAGGGACAAGACUGUGAUGUUUAAACCACUAUUAGAAAAUCUUAUAGCCACCCUAGAAUCUGUAAAACCAUUGAUUGAAGAGAUAACAAAACAUAACAAGGUAUUAGAUCGCGCAGAGGAGCAACUCAAAGAUUUUAGAAUACAAAUGGAGAACGGUGUAGAGCACAUCAGCAAGUGCUCCAAGGAUCAUUUGUGGGCCAGCUGCAAACAAUAUAAAUACAAUGACAAGCUUCUCAGAUUGGAUGAAUCACUUCAAAUACUGUUAAAUAUACUGAAAGUGAAAAUAGCAAGAGAUGGGAAGCAGACUUUUGCUUCAGUGCAACAUGUAGAGGCGGUGAUCAAGCAAAUUGAAGAAAGCGGUGUGCUUCAAGGUCAAAUUCAAAUCAGAGGUACAGUUGGAUUAGAUAUGCUGAAUGUGCAGGGAACAAGGGAUGUGAAGGAGUCAUUGCUUUCUGUCACGAAUAAAAAGGCAGUUGCUUAGAAAAUUGAAGGGAGUGGUGUGGUACAGAACCAAAGUGAAAUUGAAGGUACUGCAGUACAUGAACCUCCAUUCUUAUAGUUGGAUUGGAUAUAGAAUCAAACCAACAUAGCCAUACUAUGCUGGUAUUCUGAUGUUAUAGAUUAUUUUGGGAACUUAUUUUGUCCUACAACUGAAUUUUGAGCCUUAUGUACAAUUUAUAUGGGAUUUGUCAUGUCUAGGAUUACGUUCAAGUUGCAGAGUGUCGACUCUCUCAGUGCCUUCAACUCCUUGGACAGAGGGUGAGAUCUUGCAGUCCUCCCAUGUGAAGAAAUUCGGAUUUAAUGAACUGAAAACAGCCAACAGGAACUUCCGUCCUGAGUCUGUGUUGGGCGAAGGACAUUUUGGCUGUGUCUUGAAGGGGUGGGUUGACGAGAAUUCACUAACAUCUGCCAAGCCUGGUACUGGGAUGGUUAUUGCUGUGAAAACGCUUCACCAAGAAGUUCAGCAGGGUCACAAAGAAUGGUUGAUGAGUAUCAGUUCUAUCAUUUGAUGGCCUAAUGCACUUUCCUAAUACCUUGUUGAUUUGUUUUUACUCAGAGUACCCUGCGGAUGAAUAGUCGAGUUUAGUUUGGAAGGCUAAUGUAUUGAAACAAUCUUGAUGAAUCUUGUGUUAGAAGAUGAGCAUAAGUAUAGGUGUAUUUUGGCCAGAUAUAUGAGUUUGAAUUGGUUUUUAAAAGUCUUAUUAGAAGAGGUUUGGUUGUCCUAGUUUAUAAAGGAUUGAGACUGGGAAUUGAUCAUCAACUACUCACUAAUAUUAUAACUGGGAGACAAUGUUGGUUUUCUACAAGGAUUCUAAUAGGAGAAUCGUAGGGAUUGUUUAUCUAUAUAAAUAGUGGCCACUGCUCUCAGAGAAAAACUGGCUCAUAAUUGGACUUGGACCUAUUGUAAGUCGAGCAUAUUGUUUUUGCAAGAGAUGAGAAGCUUAGUAUUGAAGUCCGCUAUGACUUCAUCUUUGAUUUUUAAAGGUCAGAGUAUUCUUACAUCUUGCUCCUUGGAGCCUACAAACCAAGUAGUGACGGUCGACAAGCUUCAAACAUGCUGGACGUGUACGGGAAAAGGGACAGUUCUGUCCGUUGCAGAGAGAGACAGGGGAGUAUGGGGUUAGGGGAGAGGAUUUUUGGCAGGGAGAUAUGGGUUUAGGGAGAAAGAGUAAGGGAGAAGUAUGGGGUAGUCUGAUUUCCUGGGAUUUCUUUUCGCCCCUUCACUCACUACGAACCCACCUUUCUCUUCGUUUCUCCCACCCUCAAAUCUUCCGUUUUCCCUCUCACAAAAUACCCACCAAGGAAACCCUGCUUUUGGUUUAUUUUGGGAUUUUGUUUGCGCUUUCGAUUUUCAGACGACGGGCCAAUUGGUUGAGAUUUGGAUUUCUCCCCUUUUUGUCGAAGUGCACAAAUUGUGUUUCAGUGGGAUCGGUCUCAAAUAGCUGCGUGUGUCUACUCCUUCCAAGGAAACAGUGCUUUUUGCUUUCUAGAAAUGUUUGGAGAGUGCACGACUUGAGGAUCUCAGACCCAAGGUAAAAGGGGAUGGACAGAAGUCCCAGGCAGCAAUCUCUCUGUAAUCAUCGCCAGGAAAAUAUCGUGGUCAUUUUGAGUUCGGAUUUAGCCAGCAUGUGGUCUGUGCAAGAUUUCCAUAUAUGGAUCAAUGCUAUGGACUCUUCUCAACCUAUGGACCUCAAAUUUCAGUGCGUCUUCCAUCAUUUCUCCUACCUCAUUGUGAUUUUUUCGCAAUGCAAGUGUCCUGGAAAUUGCAAAUCAUUUGGCUUUAGUUGCUGUUUGUUUCCUUCUUUUUCUUUGAUGCUUUCGCUUGUUUACAUCGUCAAUAUGACGUAAUAAAUUCGUCAAUGCGGCCCUACUGGGUUGUUUCAAUGGGCUUUCCAAAUUAUGCACCAACCAACAUAUUCUGGGAUUUCUGAGCCUUUCUAUUGUUUUAUGGGUAAUUUUUCCGCAAUGCAAGUUUCCUGGAAAUUGUAAAUCAUUUGGCUUUAGUUGUUUGUUUCCUUCUUUUUCUUUGAUGCUUUCGCUUGUUUACAUCAGCAAUAUGACGUAAUAAAUUCGUCAAUGCGGCCCUACUUGGUUGUUUCAAUGGACUUUCCAAAUUAUGCACCAACCAAGAUAUUCUAAGAUUUUUGAGCCUUUCUAUUGUUUGAGCGAUCAAUGGUAAUAAAUUUUUAAUUAAGGGAUCAUCGCUUCAAUUGAGUUAAAAGUAUUAUUUUCUCAUUGACUAUGAAUAUACACCAAUUUACUCUUACGCACCAACCAAGUUUCGCAAAUAAAAUAUUCUUUUCUCAUUGACCAUGAAUAUACAUAUAUACGUAUGUAUGCAUUCUUGCUUGUCCAGCUUGGAGUUUCGGAGAAAGGGUUCAGAUCGAUUUGGCGAGCAAGAGCGCCGCGACCCACCGCAUCUCCUCUGUAUUGAAUUUCUUUCUUCCAAACUCGUAGUUUUAGAUGGGCUCUUCGAUUAAUCAUCAAGCUCUUCGAUUUGUUGUCAAUUCUUUCUGUCGCCGAGAGAGGAACUGAGUUGAGAGGAAGUCCGAGUUUCACUUACCGCCCAACGCCCGCCUAAACCGCCCAGUCCCAGUCGUCCGCCUAAUUCCUUUCCCGUUUUCUCUCCCGAUUAAUCCCGGCGGCGCCCGCUGCUUCUUGGCUUCCAAACUUAUCUUAAAACUUGAGAGGUGUCUCUGCCUAUUCAGCCCAGCCCAAAUCCCUCUCUCUCCUCAGUCUAGAUUAGUUUAAAAGAAAGCAGCCUCUCCCUUGUUUCAGAAUUCAGAUUUUCAGAGCUGGGGGGUGGUUGUUGCUGUUGUGAUUAUGGAAGCGGCCCUUGCGUCAGUUGUAGGAUCUAUUGUAAAAGUACCAUUUGAACAGCUGUUUGAUGCCGCCAAAAAAGCGCACAAGAUGGCUAAGAUGUUUCCAACUCUCCACAGCGAUCUCAGUUCAACGCUAGAGUCUUUGGUACCACUGAUCGCACAGAUAAACCACACCGGAACCACGGUUUCUGAAAAUUUUACAAGAAGAAUGGAGGAUGGCAAGAAGCUGGUCAAAAGCUGCGAGGGGAAGCUGAACUGGAUUAAAAAGGAUAAAUAUGCUAGAAAGAUUGUUGAAUUGGACAAAUCUCUUCAAAGACUCUUGCGUCUGCUGACUUUCCAGUUAGGAGUUAAUAACGCGGUGGUGGUCAACCGAAUUGAGGCACAUCUUGUGGCUCAAAAUCAAAACCAAAACCUUAUUACAACUUGGUGUGCAGUUCCUGACCUUCCAAGCAAUACACUAAAACUGGAUGAGCCUUUGGCGGACUUGAAGAUGAAACUCCUUCGAGACCACGCGCUGUCAAUGCUUGUGCUCACUGCUCCGGGAGGAUGUGGGAAAACCACUUUGGCAAAUAUGUUCUGUCAUGAUCCGCAAGUCAAAGAUACAUUCAAGGACAAUAUCUUCUUUGCCACGGUUUCCAAUAAGCCCAGCUACCUUGUUGUCCAAGAACUGUGUCAACAUGCCGGAUUCAGCGUACCUGCUUUAGAAAAUGAAGAAAUUGCUUUUAGCUGGCUGCCGCGAUUUUUGAGGGAAGCAGGGCAAAAUCCCUUACUGUUAAUCUUGGAUGAUGUUCCGUCUGCAUCAGAAUCCCUUCUUGACAAGUUUGAUGAAAUUAAAAUUCCAUAUUACAAGAUUUUGGUGACAUCAAGAUACCAUUUUCCGAAAUUCGGGCCUCCAUAUAAUUUACAAGCAUUGACAGAUAAAGAUGCACUGACUCUUUUUCGUCUUUCAGCAAACCUGCCAAAUACGAGCUGUGACAUACCAAAUGAUCUUCAGAAACAGAUAGUAGACCACUGUAAGAGAUUUCCACUUGCCAUUACAACCGUAGGGACGUCACUUCGCAAUCAGCCUAUGGAGAAAUGGAAAAUCAAACUCACAGAAUUAUCUAAAGGUUCUUCUAUUCUUGAUUCAGAGAAAAAUUUGCUUGCACUCCUCAAAAGUUGCUUAGAUGACUUGAAUAAAGAAAUGGCUCCUGUCAAGGAUUGUUUCAUAGACCUUGCUUUAUUUCCUGAAGACCAAAGAAUUCCCGUUGCUUCCCUUCUUGAUAUGUGGGCAGAGUUAUAUGAGGGAUCAAAUGAUAACAUGUCAAUGGUGAACCUAUACGAGCUCACCUUCCGCAAUUUGGUCAGUCUUGUAGUCACAAGGACUAGGGAUUUGGAUGGAUACUAUGGUGAACAUUUUGUUAUCCAACAUGAUAUGCUUAAAUUGCUAUCAAUCCAUGCGAGUCAUGAUGAAGACCCAAUAGGAUAUAGACUGAUUGUAGACAUACGUGAAGGUAAGCUUCCACCAUGGUGGACAGAGAAGAAGCAGAAAACAAAGAAGGCUCGCUUAGUAUCUGUCUUAACUGGCGAAUCGUCUUCAACAGAGUGGCACAACAUGAAUCUACCAAAAGGCGAGGUUCUAGUUUUGAAUUUUCAAGCAAAGAGCUAUGCCUUACCCAAGUUUAUGAAGACAAUGCACAUGUUGAAGGUUCUAGUGGUCACAAAUUAUGGCUUCUCACUUGCUGAGCUAAGUGAGUUUGAACUGCUGUGUUCUUUAUCUAAUCUAAGGAGACUAAGAUUAGAGCGUAUUUCGAUCCCGUUGAUAAGCAAGAAAAUCAUUCCAUCGAAGAGUCUAAAGAAGAUAUCUUUAUUCAUGUGUAACGUCAGUCAAGCAUUUGGAAACUCUUCCAUCCAAAUUUUUGAGACAUUCCCAUACCUAGAGGAGUUGCACAUCGACUAUUGUAACGAUUUGGUGAAAUUGCCUGCCAAGCUAUGUGAUCUUAUCCGCCUAAAAGUUCUCAGCAUCACUAACUGUCAUAAGCUAUCUGUCUUGCCUGAAGACAUCGGAAAGCUGGAGAUUGAAGUGUUGAGGCUAAGGUCCUGCACAGACUUGGAAAAGCUUCCAGGCUCGAUUGAGAAACUCAAUAAGUUGUGCUUUCUUGACAUAUAUAAUUGUUCCGGCAUUAAGGAUUUGCCCGAAUGCAUUGGUAAGAUGAAUGGUUUAAGAAAAAUCAACAUGGCACAAUGUUCAAUAUUGAAUGUGCUGCCUGUGUCAGUGUAUGAUCUUGAUCAGCAGUUAGAGAAAGUGAUAUGUGAUGAAGACGCAAGAAAUUUUUGGGAAUCUGUCUUAUCAAAUCCCGACAAAAUAACGGUGGCUAAAGAAGAAUAACCUGAAUUGGCUCCACAGACUGCAGAUUUGAGAGCAAUCUUUCCACGAUAAGUAUUGGAGCAAAUGGCCUGUGUGAUUUGUAUUCCAGUUUAUUUUUUCCUUUUUCUCAUUUGGUGUUUGUAUGAGAUAUUGCAUCAUUCCACUGGCUUGGAUUUCCCUGGUUUUCUUCUCUAUAUACUGAUUAAGAUUUGAUGAAUUUUUUAUUUUAA